AAAAACACAACGUAAAAGACGUCUAAAUCCGUUGUUGGGAUCGGGCGUCGGGGAUUCUGAAAGCAUUUUCGGUACUGAAUGAGUUCAUUGGAUAUAAACAACGCGAACGCAAAGAUGCCGACUUGCUUCCCAGCUGCCUCCGGUUUUCUGCCAUGAGGCCAUUUUCACAGGCAUUUUCGAGUUUCGGUAUUUUCCGACAGGAAACUUUCUCGCCGUUUUUUUAUGGUUGCUUUUUGAACCGGACUAUCUUAGUAAUAACUUUCCCGCCAAAAUUCCCGUUUGAAGGAUUUCCACACGCGAGAACGGCAACACGCAUGCGGCGUUCACGCGAAUGGAAACGCUUUCUUUGAUGUUUUUAUUCACAUUCCAGGCAUCUCCUCCGACAUCGCCGCUGUGACUCACUGUCGCCCCCCGAGGAACGAGCAGGCACACAUUGUGCGCGCCAAGCGGAGAGCGAGGAAGAGGAGGAUGACGAGCGGCGCGCGCCCCACCGUCAGCUCGUGCGGAGACCAUCAUCCGAACUGCACGCAGCCCCACGCGUGGACCUCCAUCGGUUCGGCACCGGACGUGUACCGGCCUGCGGAGCUACACGCUGCCGCCUCGGCGACCCCGACGGCGGCGAUGGCGCCCGUAGUCCACCGCCCCUUCCCCACGGUGGACGUCCCUGACCACGCCCACUACACCAUCGGCUCGGUCAUCCUCGCCAUUGGCAUUACAGGCAUGGUGGGCAACUUCCUGGUCAUCUACGCCUUCAGCAGGAGCCGCAGCCUGCGAACACCAGCCAACAUGUUUAUCAUCAACUUGGCCGUCACGGACCUGCUCAUGUGUGUCACGCAGUCGCCCAUCUUCUUCACCAGCAGCAUGCACAAGAGGUGGAUCUUUGGGGAGAAAGCGUGCGAGCUGUACGCCUUCUGCGGUGCUCUCUUCGGGAUCUGCUCCAUGAUCACGCUGACGGUGAUUGCCAUCGACCGCUACUUCGUCAUCACGCGCCCGCUCACCUCCAUCGGGGUGCUGUCGCGCAAGCGUGCGCUGGUCAUCCUGGCGGCGGCGUGGACGUACUCACUGGGGUGGAGCCUGCCGCCGUUCUUCGGCUGGAGCGCGUACGUCCCCGAGGGCUUGCUGACUUCCUGUACGUGGGACUACAUGACCUUCACGCCGUCAGUGCGAGCGUACACCAUGCUGCUCUUCAUCUUCGUCUUCUUCUUGCCGCUCCUCAUCAUCGUCUGCUGCUACAUCUUCAUCUUUCGCGCCAUCCGCACCACCAACAAGGCUGUGGGCAAGGUGAACGGCAGCGUGCACUCUCACAUGGCCACGCGAGACUCUGCAAAGACCUUCCACCGCCUGCAGAACGAGUGGAAGAUGGCGAAGAUCGCACUGAUCGUCAUUCUGCUCUACGUGGUGUCGUGGUCGCCGUACUCCACCGUCGCCCUCACCGCCUUCGCAGGGUACGCUGACAUGUUGACGCCUUACAUGAACUCCGUGCCCGCCGUCAUCGCCAAGGCGUCCGCCAUCCACAACCCCAUCAUCUACGCCAUCACGCAUCCCAAGUACAGGGUGGCGUUGGCCAAGUACAUCCCGUGUCUUGGCAUCCUGCUGUGCGUGCGUCCUCGCGACUUGCGCUCGGCCAGCAGCAGCUUCAUGUCAACACGGCGCUCCACCGUCACCAGCCAGACGUCCGACAUCAGCGCACAGUUCAGCCGUCACAGCAAGAGUCGCCUCUCGUCCGCCUCCGACAGCGAAUCGGGGCUGACGGACACCGAGGCCGACAUGUCCAGUCUGGGCUCCCGGCCCGCCAGCCGCCAGGUCUCCUGUGAAAUCAGCAGAGACACGGCAGACUUCCCCGAAUUCAAACCUUCCUCCAGCUUCAAGAGCAAGAUGAAGAGUCACGACUCGGGAAUCUUCGAGAAGACAUCCUUUGACACGGACAUUUCCACCAUUGGCGUCAGCGAACGUGGCAGCAUUCCAAACGUGAGUACCAAGACGCCGACGGACGCUGUUUGUCUUCUACACCUUCAAACUUCUCCUCUCUCGCAGAACGCUGACUCGGCAGAAGGCCACGUGACCAGAAGCGCGCUCGCCCGCAUCCCGAGCAUUGUCAUCACCUCCGAAUCUAGCCCCUUCCUUCCCGUUGGCCGAAGCGCCUCGCGCUCCACCCGCGCCAAGGCCACCUACAGCAGCACUGGGGCGGGGUCUGGUUAGAGACCGGCUCACGUCCAAUCAGAAUGUACAGACUUUUAAGUGACGCUUGAAACAUAAAAGCUGUGUCUCAAAUGGAACACUUGUGUCUGUGCACUUCAAUAAGUGCACUGUGUACAUCGUGUACUUAGUUCCUGAGUGUGUGAAUUUUGACAGUGUCGUGCUGUCUCUUUGUCUUUGAUUCACUACUUUACAGGUUGCUUCUCAGCCACCGUGAUUUCAAGUCAGUCCCGCCCUUUCCGCUACAUAGCCAAGAUGGCAUUAGUGAAUGUGAUAAAUAUCCCUCACUGCACACUCACCAUUUUGAGUGUUUUGGGUGCAAUAUCCAAGUGCUCAAAAGACAAAGUGGAGGUACAGAAGUUCGCCAAUAAGCCCAAAUAAGUGCACACUUGUGUACUUACACUUAGUCAUUUGAGUGUGUUCACACCGAGACAGAGGACAAAAAGCAGGACACUCUCAGUACCCGGAUGUUGCAUUCAAAACACAACGGUAAGUGUGCUGUGAUGGACACCCUCAUUAGUCGUCAUCUUGGCUAUGUAGUGGAAGUGGAGGGACUAAUUGCAGUGGUUGCAAUUCACCACUAAAAAGGAGAGAAGAAGAAGACCUUCUUCUUCAGUUAGUCCCUUCCCUUACGCUACGUAUGAUGAAUUUACAGUUUAGGUCGCCAUCUUUAUUUACAGUAAGUGUGCAAUGAAGUUGUUGUAGACUUACCUGAAAUAACAAUCCCAAUAUUUACCUUCUUCUCUCCUUUUUUAAUGGUGGAUUGCAACCACUCCAGCUAGUACCUCCCCUUCUGCUACGUAUGAUUAAUUUCCUGUACAAGUAAAUAUUGCCAUCUUCAUUUACAGUUAGUGUGCAAUGAAGUCGUUGUACACUUACCAGAAAUGACGAUCCCAAUAUUUACCUUCUUCUCUCCUUUUUUAAUGGUGGAUUGCAACCACUCCAGUUAGUCCCUCUCCUUCCGCUACGUAUGAUGAAUUUCCUGUGCAGGUAAAUAUUGCCAUCUUCAUUUUCGGUAAGUGUCGUUGUGUCGUCGUUGUGUCGUAAGUGUCGUUACGGUCGUUGUACACUUACCUGAAAUGACGAUCCCAAUAUUUACUUUCUUCUCUCCUUUUCACUGGUGAGUUGCAACCUCUCCAGUUAGUCCCUCCCCUUUCCCUACGUAUGAUGAAUUUACGGCAUGUGUGUAACCCCCCAUGCUUCAAGCAGCUUCGUGCUGGGCUCGAGCACAGGACCUUCGGCAUGGGAGUCAAGAGCACUGACCGUUAGGCCAAAAGCACGGACAGUCGACCCAGCGUUUAGCGCAGCUCUUAAGGCCGAGGGAGUGAGGUUUACCAAAGUGCACUUGCGCAGCUGCACUGGCUGGCAUCCGUUACAUGUGUACAACGAAGUCAUUGUACACAAACCUUAAAUGACGAUCCCAGUAUUUACCUUCUUUUUUUUUCUUCUCUCCUUUUUAAUGGUCAAUUGCAACCACUCGAUGGAGCAUUAUCGCCAAUAUUUGUAUAUCACCCCACAAUGUGCGGGCCAGCUUUUUUUCCCCACUCCUCUAUUGUACAGUCAUAAAAAAUCAAUUUGUUUACGGCUCGUGUGCACCCCCUGCUUCAAACGAGGUGCCCCAUUUUAUGGUAGUCUCUCCCUUUCAGCUUCGUUUCCAAGAUGCCAUUUUGAGUACAACACCUGGGUACUGACGCUGCACUGCAUUUUGCCCUACUUACACUUAUGCACUCAAAAGUCUAAGUACGCAAGUGCGCCAAUUGAGACACAGCCAAAGCCAUUACAGGAAGUGGCGCUCCUGUUGUUUCUGUGACAGCUUCCUUUAACAUAAAACUGCACCAACACAUAAAGAGCAAGUUAAAUUAAAUAUUUUCACGUUCCUAGUGAAGUAUAUGAUAUUCUAUGCAUUUACAGACAGUAGUUAAUCAAGCACAUUGUUCUUUCAAAUUCAACUACCUUCUUCAGUGACGGGAAGGAUGAGACGCAAUGUCAUGACUUGAUUGUAAUGAAGUGUGUUUGGUGUUAAAUGUAACACGCUGUAGCCACAUAGCAGUUAAUUAUGUUACACGACGUAUGUAAAUAGCCAUCAUCACGGUCCUGAGAGGAGGUCCAGUCAGCGCUUAAUUACCUUUGGAGGUAAUGACUAGCUCACGUUAGUCUUUCUUUAGCAGAAAGAAAAUGUUAUAUGAUGAAUUGUACACACAAAUGAAAGCAACCCACUGAUGUACGUGUUCUACUUCCUGUCUUUGUGCUAAGUUAAUUAUUUCCACUUUUCUUCUCAUGUCCCAAGGCCUGCAAAUGCACUUUGUUCAGUGUCCUCCCAGCGUCACAAUAUUACAUUUUGUUGUCUUUCCAAAGCUGAAAAUGUACGAUGACUUUUCACCUAUAGAUGUUUUCUUUUGCGUGCUCAUUGUGUUGUGUUUUCACUUUCAUAACCUUCUACAGUGUGAUACAUUGUGGAGAUAUAUUCAUUAUCCUAAACGUCUGCGCUGAUGUUUUCUAUGUUGGUUCCUAUUGUAGACUUGUGUGUCUUUGUUGUUGCUUUUAUUUAUUUUUAUAAAUAAAUAUGUGCUAU